GGCAACUUUCUCCUGCGCAGCGCCCCGCCCGCCGCGGCUCCCCAGCCCCAGGCCGGGAGGCCCAGAUGGGGGAACCCCGGGCUGGGGCCCCCCUGGACGAUGGCAGCGCCUGGACAGGAAGUGAGGAAGGAAGCGAGGAGGGCACCGGAGGCAGCGAGGGGGCUGGGGGAGAUGGGGGUCCGGAUGCUGAGGGUGUCUGGAGUCCAGACAUCGAGCAGAGCUUCCAGGAGGCCCUGGCCAUCUACCCACCCUGCGGCCGGCGGAAAAUCAUUCUGUCCGAUGAAGGCAAGAUGUAUGGUCGGAAUGAACUGAUUGCCCGUUACAUCAAGCUGAGAACAGGGAAGACCCGAACUCGCAAACAGGUCUCUAGUCACAUCCAGGUCUUGGCCCGAAGGAAAUCGAGGGAAAUCCAGUCCAAGCUCAAGGCCCUGAAUGUGGACCAGGUUUCCAAGGAUAAGGCUUUCCAGACGAUGGCCACCAUGUCCUCGGCCCAGCUCAUCUCAGCACCUUCCCUGCAGGCCAAACUGGGUCCCGCUGGUCCUCAGGCCUCUGAGCUUUUCCAGUUUUGGUCAGGGGGCUCUGGGACCCCCUGGAAUGUUCCAGACGUGAAGCCAUUCUCGCAGACGCCGUUCUCCUUGUCACUGACUCCCCCAUCUACUGACCUCCCAGGGUACGAGCCCCCCCAAGCCCUCUCACCCCCUGCCCUGCCCCCACCUGCUCCGUCACCGCCAGCCUGGCAGGCUCGGGCCCUGGGCACUGCCCGGUUACAGCUGGUGGAAUUCUCGGCCUUUGUGGAACCCCCGGAUGCAGUUGACUCUUACCAGAGGCAUCUGUUCGUACACAUCAGCCAGCACUGCCCGAGCCCUGGAGCUCCCCCGCUCGAGAGCGUGGACGUUCGGCAGAUCUAUGACAAAUUCCCUGAGAAAAAGGGGGGUCUGCGGGAGCUGUACGAUCGUGGGCCCCCUCACGCCUUCUUCCUGGUCAAGUUCUGGGCGGACCUGAACUGGGGCCCGAGUGGUGAGGAGGUGGGGGCCGCUGGCAGCAGUGGUGGCUUCUAUGGUGUGAGCAGCCAGUACGAGAGCCUGGAGCACAUGACUCUCACCUGCUCCUCCAAAGUCUGCUCCUUUGGCAAGCAGGUGGUGGAGAAAGUGGAGACGGAGCGCGCCCAGCUGGAGGACGGGAGGUUCGUGUACCGCCUGCUGCGCUCGCCCAUGUGCGAGUACCUGGUGAAUUUCUUGCACAAGCUGCGGCAGCUGCCCGAGCGCUACAUGAUGAAUAGCGUCCUGGAGAACUUCACCAUCCUCCAGGUGGUGACGAACCGAGACACCCAAGAGCUGCUGCUCUGCACCGCCUACGUCUUCGAAGUCUCCACCAGUGAGCGGGGCGCCCAGCACCACAUCUAUCGCCUGGUCAGGGACUGAAGGGGGAACCCCGAAAGUGGCUUCCCCCAGAAUGGACCCCCAGCUUGCCUGAGGCCUCUUAUUUGGAGAGGGGGCUGCUCCUGUCGGAGGGGACCUUGCAAGCCGGGCUGCGACCGAGGGGAAGGGAUGGAUCCUGAUGUUGGGACCUCAUGGGUGUGGAAGGACAGGUCACUCCAGAGCACCAGGGACUGGGGACCGGGUACCCUGAGGGCACGCCUCUGUCUCUACCAGGGGCCCUCACCCAGCUCCCUCUGGAUGUUUGGGAGAGCCCUACUUACGUAUUGGCUUGUCCUCUCUUUGUUUUUCACCCCUUCUUUUCCCAAUCUGCCUCCCCUUACCACCCCCCUGCCCUGUGACCCCGACAUCAAAUACUGAAGGUUAACCCUUUCUGUGCAGGGCCAGGUGGGCCCUGGAAAUUUUUUUUUUUUUAAUAUAACAGAUAUUUAUAAGUGGGUGUUAGGGUCGUGACUUUUUUCUCAGCUGGGCAAGCAGUGUGUGUGUGUGGGGGGGAAGGGGGUAGCUUUUUAAUGUCUCCCCUCUUCUACCUGAGCCAGCACUAGCCUGAAUUGUUCGCCACCAUCCCUCCCGCCCCAAAUUGUGUUGGUUUGUGUUUUGACAGAGGAUAAAGCUAUUUUACC